AUGAUGCGCCCUCGCGUCUCGAUAUGUGGCCGCUGUAUCGCGCGCAGUAGACUCUUUACGACAACAUCAGCUCAGUCCGAGCAGUGCCAAAAUGCGUCCCUCGUUCCCCAAACCGGAUAUGCCCGCCUCACGAACCGCGGCCUCAUUUCGAUCACCGGAGUCGACAGCGCUACCUUCCUCCAAGGCCUGAUCACACAAAAUAUGCUGGUUGCAAAUGAUCCUAGCAGAAGCAUCCGACGCACAAGCUUGUAUACAGCUUUCCUCAACUCCCAAGGGCGCAUAUUGAACGACGCAUUUAUCUACCCGGUCCCCAACGCCGAAGGCAAUGAUCUCGACCGAGAAUGGUUGGUGGAGGUGGACAAGAAUGAAGUUCCAACGUUAUUGAAGCAUCUAAAGAAACACAAGCUCCGGGCCAAGUUGAAGCUCCGAGCCCUCGAGGACGGCGAGCGAACCGUGUGGUCGUCGUGGAAGAAUCACGCCGAGCCCCGGUGGGCUGCAUACAACCUUGAAUCCGAGACCGCGUCGCCUUUCGCGCCCUCUUCGAACGUUGUCGGAUGUAUCGAUCUACGAGCUCCGGGCUUCGGGUCUCGAAUCGUGACUCCAGGCCCGGAGGCGCUCCGCACCUAUCUUCCCGACGAAGCGCAGGUCUCCGGGGACGAGGUCGGAUUAGAUGCCUACACCAUUCGUCGGAUACUCCAUGGUGUCCCGGAAGGACAGUCAGAGAUUCUCCGAGAGUCGUCACUCCCUAUGGAAUCGAACAUGGAUAUGGGCCGGGCUAUCGAUUUCCGCAAGGGCUGUUAUGUUGGUCAGGAGCUGACGAUUCGCACACACCAUACAGGUGUUGUACGCAAGCGUAUUCUACCGGUCCAGCUAUAUACGGGUGAUGCACCCACGGGAGAUAGUCCAGUUUAUGACCCCUCGACUGAACUUGCCCUGCCUCCCGCCGGCACAAAUAUCAACAAGGCUGGCGGCCGCCGGGGCCGCAGUGCUGGAAAAUUCCUCAGUGGUGUCGGUAAUAUUGGCCUUGCACUGUGUCGUCUCGAAAUGAUGACUGAUCUCGCGUUGACGGGAGAGGGGACACAAUUCACACCUGGAAGUGAAUUCAAGGUCUCCUGGGUGGCUGAGACAGAACAACCCGCUGAAGUCAAAUUGCAAGCUUUUGUUCCCGCUUGGACGAGGGAAUUUAUUCUUGGAAGCAUUCGCAAGCCCACUACCCCAACAGUUGAUCUUAGUGAGCGGGCACGCGAAUUUAUGGAACAGCUUGAGGAAGAGGAGGAAGCAGUUCAACGACGGGACUAG